CUGUCAUACGUUUUGCUGCUGGCAAUAUACAUAAUUCCAGGUCAAUCGACUCCAAUUCUACCAUUCCCUUCCUUCUACAGUCGACCAUCGCCUUGCACCACGAUGAGUCCCCCUCAAGACAUCAGGGCCACGCCCUCGAACAGCGAAAGAGCUGUUUCCACGAGCUUCGGCCAGCAGCUUUCCACCUCGCCUUCGGCCGCCUUCCAUACGCCAACAGCCUCCCAAGGUAGCUGGCCUGGUCAUCUGGUACAACGCGCCGCCUCUGAGAAACAGCUCAAGCCCUUCAACACCCAAGACGUGAAGAUCCUCCUCCUCGAAAACGUCAACAAAUCUGGACAGGAGAUUCUCAAAAAACAAGGCUACCAGGUCGAGGCUCUCAAAACCUCACUACCCGAAGACGAGCUCAUCGAAAAAAUCAAGGACGUACAUGUCAUUGGCAUCCGCUCCAAAACCAAGCUUACUGAGAAGGUCCUCAGCAAAGCCAACAACCUUCUUGUGGUAGGUUGCUUCUGCAUCGGCACAAAUCAGGUUGACCUUGACUAUGCUGCUCGCCAAGGCAUCGCUGUCUUCAACUCCCCAUUCGCCAACUCCCGCUCUGUUGCCGAGCUGGUCAUUGCCGAGAUCAUCGUCCUUGCCCGUCAACUAGGUGACCGCUCCAACGAGAUGCACCGUGGCACCUGGAACAAGGUCAGCGCCAAGUGCUGGGAAAUACGCGGCAAGACGCUCGGCAUUGUUGGCUAUGGACACAUUGGCUCGCAAUUGUCGGUCUUGGCAGAGGCGAUGGGUAUGAACGUCAUCUACUACGAUGUCGUUACGUUGAUGGCGCUGGGCACAGCACGGCAGGUGCCUACCCUCGACGACCUCCUGAAUGAGGCCGACUUCGUCACACUCCAUGUGCCAGACCUGCCCGAGACACGGAACAUGAUCUCCACAAAGCAGUUUGAGCAGAUGAAGACUGGUGCCUACCUCAUCAAUGCCAGCCGAGGCAGUGUUGUGGACAUUGCCGCCUUGAUCAAGGCGAUGAACGGUGGCAAGGUGGCUGGUGCUGCGCUUGAUGUGUACCCCCAUGAGCCUGCGGCCAAUGGCGAUUAUUUCAAUGCCACGCUCAACUCUUGGGGCGACGAGUUGCGCAACCUGAAUAACAUUAUCCUAACACCUCACAUUGGCGGCAGCACUGAGGAGGCACAGCGUGCGAUUGGUAUUGAGGUUAGCGAAGCCCUCGUACGCUAUAUCAACCAGGGCAUUACUCUUGGCAGCGUCAAUCUCCCCGAGGUCCAGCUGCGCUCUUUGACACUGGAGGAGGAAAACACUGCACGCGUCAUCUACAUCCACAAGAACGUGCCUGGUGUAUUGCGCCGCGUCAACGAGAUUUUGGGUGACCACAACGUCGACAAACAGAUCAGCGACAACCGCGGUGAUGUGGCAUACUUGAUGGCAGACAUCAGCAAAGUCCAAGUUGGGGAGAUCAAAGAUUUGUACGAGAGCUUGGAGGGCCUCAGCUCUCGCAUCGCUACGCGUGUUCUUUACUAGAUCUUUGCGACAGG